AUGUCUUUGAUGCAAAGGAAUCCUGGCGCUGGCUUUCCCUCCUUGUCUCGAGCUCUUAAUGACCUUGAGUCCUUCCUAAACCGCCCAGCAAGCAGCGAUGAUGUGCUGGGUCACUAUCCUCGGUUUGACGUCCGCGAGACGAAAGACAACUACCGUCUCGACGGAGAGCUUCCGGGAGUGGACAAGAAGGACAUUGAUAUUGAACUGAGCGACGACAACAUCCUCACCAUCAAGGGGCGUUCUGAGCGAGAGUCAACAUCAGAAGACCCCGAACAAUCCUGGUGGUGUUCUGAGCGUUCGGUGGGAGAGUUUAGACGUUCGUUUCGGUUUCCCAACGAUGUGGACCGCGAUGGUAUCGAUGCAAGCUUGAAGGACGGUGUCCUCUCGAUUACCAUCCCGAAAACAGCCGAAUCAACUGUGAGCAAGCGUAUCGAUAUUAAGUGA